CCACCCUAAUCGGGACCCUCCUCGCAGCCCUCGUCUGGUGCGCCGCCUACCUCGCCGCCGCCAUCUCCUCCGCCUUCUAACCCCCCUUCCUGCUCUAACCCACCACCCCUUCCCCUCCUUCUAAACCCUACCCCUACCAAGACCCCCUCCCCCUCCCCACUCGUCCGACAGCCCCGCGGCGCCAUGGGUUUCGCGCAGCUCGUCAUCGGCCCAGCCGGCAGCGGCAAGUCCACCUACUGCUCCGGUCUGUUCCAGCACUGUGAGACGGUGGGCAGGAGGAUUCAUAUGGUCAAUCUGGAUCCAGCCGCUGAGCACUUCAGCUAUCCUGUAUCUACGGAUAUCAGAGAGCUCAUAUCGUUGGAUGAUGUCAUGGAGGAGCUUGGGAUGGGGCCGAACGGCGGCCUCAUCUACUGCAUGGAGCACCUUGAAGACAAUUUGGAUGAUUGGUUGGAUGAACAAUUGGAGAACUAUUUGGACGAUGACUAUCUUGUGUUUGACUGUCCAGGCCAGAUUGAACUCUUCACUCAUGUUCCAGUUCUACGUAACUUUGUCGAGUAUCUGAAACGGAAAAAUUUCACUGUUUGCGCUGUGUAUCUUUUGGAUUCGCAGUUUGUCAGUGAUGUAACCAAAUACAUUAGUGGUUGCAUGGCUUCUCUUUCUGCUAUGAUUCAACUUGAACUUCCUCAUAUCAACAUCCUUUCGAAGAUGGAUCUGGUUUCAAACAAAAAAGAUGUAGAAGACUAUCUGAACCCAGAGGCAGCAGUUCUUCUGUCACAGCUGAAUCGAGAGAUGGCACCUCGGUUUGGCAAGUUAAACAAGGCUUUGGCUGAUCUGGUCGAUGAUUACAGCAUGGUGAAUUUCAUACCACUUGACUUGAGAAAAGAGAGCAGCAUUCAAUAUGUGCUGUCAAACAUCGACAGUUGCAUCCAGUAUGGAGAAGAUGCUGACGUGAAGGUUAGGGACUACAUUCCUGAGGCUGAUGAGGACUAAUCGUUUUAUCACGCAGAGGCAACAAACUAGCUAGUAUCAUGUAGCAUCUCAAUGGGAGGAGGGAUUCACAGUAUGCAGAAGUGCAAACAGGCUGAAGACCAAUCUAUCUAUUUCAAUCGUAGACCAGACGAAGCAGAAUGCAUCUGCUAGAGUGUGUAAGUCACCUAUUUAUGCUAGUGGAUGGAAGCUAUAUAUUGCUGUAAAAUACUCUUCUGGAGCUGUUGAAGGACAUGAAACAUGAGUGGUAGCCUAAA